AAAUUUGGUGACGUUCAUAUUUUUCGAUUUUCUUAUUCUUGUGGAAUUUUUACUGCAGGUGUCAGAAGACAAUUUUUUGCAUGCUCUGUUGCUGCGUUUAAGUUAAAAAUAAAUUUGCUGUUGUAGACGGUAGUUACUGUCGAGUGUCUCGUAAAGGAUGGCAACAUUCGCCGAAAAAAUGAGUACUUUCGUAACAAGAGCUAAUAUGUUCUUCACGAAGACCGACAUGUGUGUAAUAUUUUUCGAACCUCUCCUUCCAUAUCAAAUACUUCUGCACUGGAAUUCAUACUUUAUGGCUUUCUUUGUAGUGUGCGAAAUAGGAACGACGGCGCUAAAAAUUCUUUCCCUCCCGUGCCCACCAGAUUAUCUUUACACAAACUUGUUAGUUAUAGUGUUUUUGACUAUUACCGAAACAGGGAGGCUGUACAUGGCAAUGAAAGGAAAUCUAGGGGAAGACGAUUUUAAGUCAGUUAUUUGUUCGUUAUUUUUGUGUCCAUUUUCUGUUCUUGGAACAGUUUAUUUGUUAACAUGGCAAGUUUAUGUUUUGAGACUAGAUUUUAUAAUAUGCGUCAUGGCACUCUCAAUGCAAUCUCUUGGAGCUUUGUGUGGUUUGUAUACGCUUUGGAUAAUGUACAGAGACGCUUUCUGCUGGUACUGAGAACAUAUGAUCUCCUUUAUUAUGCUGGAUUAUCCAUAUAUUCCCCACAAUUCGUUCAGUACCGGGAAAAUGAAUGUGCUGAAAAGAUUUAUGCAGAAGCUACAAGCUAGAAUACAGUUGUAAUCACAUACUUAGAUACAAGAAAAAUUACAGACUGUUAAUUAGUGCAGUGGGGUUGAUAACACAGAAUGUUAUUGUUAAUAUGGUCUUAGUGCUUGAACUGUAAAGUACAUGUAGGAGCCUGUCAUUCUUGAAGUAUGCACUUCUUGUAAGAAAGUGUUUAUCUGUUUUAUGUGAGUUGUAGAUAUAUUGUACAGAGACUUCAUUUACCUGCAUGUAAUGUAGUUUUAUCCCUGUACAGAUACUGCAAACAAGUUACAGUUAGAUGUAUGAAUUUCGUAAUUAUUUACUGUAUUUGUCGUUUUAGUUUUAUGAUAUGGAUUUUUCAUAUGUGUACAAUACAAAUUGCAACCCAUAAAAUUUUACAAAACCUGCACCAACAAUAUAGUAUUACAACAGAUUUUUAUCCAGUAAACUUCCAAGACAAAAAUCAUUGAAUUUUUGUAUUUCAUUAGUAUUGUGUAUGCAUAGUGUCAAGUAAUUGUGUGCUGUACAACUGGUAUAUGUAAACAAUGAAAGUUACAGUAAAAAAUAUGGUAUUCGUUGAUGUAAAAUAUUUAUAAUAAUAGCUUUAAUCACAAAACUGAGUAAUAAGGAUAUUGUCUAAGAAAAUAACCACCCUUAUUAUAGAGAACUCUUCAAGUGUAUUGGGAGUUUGAUGCUCGAUUCCUGGUAUAUUCAUUCAUCUGUGGAACUUGUAGCGAAUAAUAGCCAGUUUCAUUUGAAUUAUGGUUUACACACAAAUGAUUUCAAUGUAGACUUCGGAGCUUUUCUUUGGAGUUUAAGUUGGUGUCUACAUACAGAUGGAAAUAUUUUUAAGAAGCCAUUGGUACAGGUAAAACAAGAAAAUUACAAAAUUAAUUAUUAGCUAUUGCUUCUUUGUUUGAGUUCAAGAAUGGAACACUGCUGGAAGCAGCAGGACAAGUAAAUAAAUUGAUUAGAAAGAAGCCCUUUUUCUUUCAGUAUGUAGGUGCCAGUUACAUAUAAUUAUCAGUGUGGUCUUGUAACAUUAAACAAGCAGAAAUCAGUGAACUCCAUUUGUGUAACCAUGGAUGCAGCACCAACUUUUUCCAAAGUAUUUGUUCUGACAAUUGGCGAUUUAAUUAAUAGGUCAGAUUAAGACUAAUACAAUUACUAUACAAUAGUGGUAGCCUAGUUAAUGAAAAUACAUGUUUAAUACUGACAGUAUUAAUGUGAAGACAGAAACAAUAUACUUUAAGCAAUAGCUAAACAAGUUAUUCUUUAAA